UUUCUUGUUUUUAUCUUUAUGUGUAUAAAGAUUGUAGCUUUGCCUGAUGGGUGGUUUACAAACAUUGCAAUACUGUUCAAUUUUAAAGCAAAGUUGUUCCAUAUAAGCUAAUCUUUUAAUUGGGGGCUUAAAAUGAUUAUUUCUUAACUAAAAGUUAGGAUUCGAAAAAAGAAGAAGAAAUUAUUGAAUUUUAGAAUUCAGUGGGCAUGUGCUUUGGCUAGCUUGAAAGUGUUUUGGGUGUUGGUGUGUUCUUAUGCUUGACAAGGGCUGAGUGAUUUUGCGAAAAUAAGAAAAGGGGAAUGGCUGAAGUAGGGCAGCAGAAUUGUAUGAAUGUGGAGCUUGCAAUUCAGAGGGAGCUCGAGUAUCGGAAAAAAGUCGCGGGUUUGUUCCAGUCAGAUGAAUGCAUCGAAGACCUUAUGCCACUACAGGUGGUUUCUUCGGUUUCAUGCCCUCGUCCAGAUCCAGGCCUGAGAUCAUGGCCAGAGCCGAGUUCAGUCACUGUAGCAAGUCCAUGCAUGGCACCAGGUUCAUCUUGUAUGUUUCCAAGACCAAAUCCAAAUCUGGCUCCAAGUUCAGCUCAUCAGUUUUCACCUUCAAAUGCUCCAGGGUUCUGUUCAGGUCCAAGCCAGAUUCCCAAUCAACCAUUCCAGCGGUCACCAGUGCCCAAUCAUUAUCCUAAUUAUGGGCCAAGGCCUCGUCCACAUUAUCAGCCAAAUUACUCAGGCUUCAAGAGAAAAGCAACUAGUGGCUUCCAGCACCAAGGCCCUCAUAAGCCACAGCUACCUCAAGAGAAUUACAUAGCCAUAGACUCAUCUGGGAAUAUGUUUUGCAAGCUCUGUGAAGUACCCUGUACCGGUCCGUUCUGUCUGAAGCAACACCUGAAAGGUCACAAACACAAGGCUAAACUGCAUCUGCUAAAGAUGGAUAGGAAAAAUGGCGGGGAACAAGUAAACACGCAACUGAGGUGUGACCUGUGUCAAAUUUUGUGCCCACAUGAAGAUGCUUUGAAGCUGCAUUACCAGGGUCAAAAGCACAAGGCUAGAUUGCAAGCUUUAGAAGCUGGACAGAAAAAGGUAGAGAAAGCCACUGAACGUCCAUGGUGCGGACUUUGUGAAAUCUGGUGCAUGAACGAAGAUGCAUUUAAUCAGCAUCUCAAAGGUCAAAAGCAUCUCACUCGUCUCUACAGCAUGCAGGAGAAGGAGAGAGCAAUGAAAGCAAGCUGCAGAUGAACUGAAGUUGAUCUGCUAGAUUUUAGAAAGUAAUGAUUACCGGUAGAAAUCAAACAUGGCUAAUGAUGCAUUAAAUGCUAUCUUGUAAUCUAAAAUUCUAAAUGACAUACAUAACAGCAGCUUCUGCACAAUAGAUUGUGCAGUAUGCUAUUAGCGCAAGACUUGUUUAUGAAUUCUGAAGAUCUUCCUACUGCUGUAAUCUGUGAGAUCUUCCUAAUGACUUAAGUAUGCAUGGCUUUGCCGGACAGAUUAGAUAUCUCAGACUUUUUACAAGUAUGUGUAAGUUUGAGUUAUGGUAUGGCCUUAAGUUUUAUUGUC